GGGGGCUGAUCUUUUGGUGCGCCUGGUUUCGACCCGAUCUGAUCUCGUCGCCAUGACCUCCACUCUGGGGCGAUCCGCCACGCCGCUGGGGCGAUCCUCCACCAUCUUCCUGCAGGGCAAAGUGGAGGCGGUGGGCCUGGCCAACUCUGCCCAGGAUGUGCUACGAGUCCUUGCGCCCGAGGCCAUGCUGAGCGCGGACUUCCGGUCGCGCUUGGAGUUGGAGCACGUGGCGACGGCCUCAGACCUCGCCGAGCUCGACAAGGAUGACCUCCGGGAGCUGGGCCUUGGCAUGGUGGAGCGUCGCCGGGUGAUGCGAUGGGCAGCGUGCCCCUCCCCGAUGAGCUUUUUGGAGAGUCUUCGCACUGCGGAUCACAAGUUCGGAGCAGAGGGCCGGCCUCUUCACGCGGUGGAGAAGGCUCAGAGCGAUCUGGACCUCUGGUUUUCUUUGGCUAGCGCGACCUUCUUUCCAGUGCUGAUGCGACAGUUGAAGGAGUCCCUCACUGGCGCUGACUUAGUCGCAGACAGCGAGGUUAAGGAGUCCAGCCUCAAAGCUCGCAGUAUCCGUGAGAAUAUGCUCGAAGAGCACUUUGACUUGACGCCUGAGAGACUGAAGGAGAUCUUCCAGCAGGUCUCCGGGGGCGAGCCCAUCCAGACAGCGAGUGCACUUAUGGACGGCCUCAGUCGCAUCGGCGUCACCUGCAGCGACGUGAAGCCCCUGGCAACAGCUUUCAACCUGCUCACCGGUGGACACUUAAGUCAAGGACUAAUGCCAGAUGAGCUGGACGUGAUCCUUUCCAGGAUGAAGUUGGCACAACUGCUGGGCCGGGGCGAAGGAAGCGUCAGCUGGUGUGUGCCACCGGGACGCUUGACUUUGGUGGACUACACGAUGAACAAGUGUGUCACGCAGGAGCUGCGGGAGGAGCCGCUGCUGAAGUUCUUCUUCGGGCACCGCAGCCACGAGACCGACACCUUCGCCGCGGACAGCAAUCCACAACGCUGGCUGCACUUGCGUGGCUGCCACCUUAUGCUCCUCAUGGCUCUCACUGUCAAGUACCGCCUAUCUCCCAUGGGCGUGGAAGAUGUCAUUGAGCAAGGCCCAACAAAGGUGGAUUUGCAUGGCAGCAACAUCUUCAUCACGCUGGACCAGCUCUACCUCAGGAGUGUGUCCCAGUCGGGAGAGCGGCCUGUGGAUGUCGGGUUUAGCCACCUCACUGUGAUUCUGUCAGCUCCGCAUCGGCCUGAUACGCUGAUCACAGUGGUGCAGCCAAGCCGCAACGUGCACAAGGACUGGCCUAUUGUCGAGUGCGAGGAGCCGAUCGAUGGAGAUGCGUGGGUCGAAGUGCUGAGGCAAAGGUUGAAGAAGAUGCGCUCGCGCCUCGCUGAGCACGACGUGAGAUUCUUGGGUGUGCAGAUUGUGCAGCUUUGUGUGGACAACUUGGUGGCAGUGGUGAGGGCCUUCGCUGCGAGGCUUGUGCACUUGGAUCUUGAGCUGCAACGCUGCAUGGUCCCAGUGGAGGAGAACUUUGGCAUAGGUCUGCCCGGUGCCAGUUGGCAUUUGGAGGUGUCGCUGAUUCGCCUUCAACUGGCCGUGGUGAGUCGCCGCCUGCGCAACACCCGCCACAUGCUACGGCGCCUGGAGGACAUGGUGGUGGAUGCCAUGGACCGGAGGCUCGUGGGGUAUUUGCAAGACAUCGCCGACGAUGUGGACGGCAGUUUGGAAGACGCCACCCAUUUGGGCGAGAAGUGCACCUCGUUGGGCAACGCCCUGGAAGCCGCCCAGGGCCGGGAGUUCGCGGCUCAGCGGAGGCAAGCCAAGGAGGCAGAGAGGAUCGAGCAAGAGAAGCAGAAUCGACAUGCCCAACGGCUCAACGACAUCCUCUUUGUCUUAACGACCGCGACGGCGCUCAUGGCACCGGUCCAAUUUCUGGCCGGAGUCUAUGGCAUGAACUUUGCGGUUGACGGGGACCCGACCAUCCCAGAGCUGAAGUGGGAAUACGGCUACCUGUACUUCUGGAUCCUAGUCAUGGUGUACCUCAUUGGGAGCGGCACAUUCGCCGUGAGGCUCUUUCGAAAGCUGAGGAUUCAGCAGGAAGCUGCUGGUUUGCUGAGGAGUCGUGGCACCUUUUCCACACAAGCUGGGGAGUCCCCCGUCCACGGCGGCAACUCCAGCUGGAGAACUGAAACCUUCUCAAGUCCGCCUUAUCAUCCGCUUCCAGGAUAGUGCCACCAGCUGCAAGACCCACCAGGCAAAGUUCAAGAAGCUCCCGCGACUGACAUGACCUCUGCAAGUGAUCGCGGGCUUUGAGCAUCGGGGCAAGGUGUCGCCGAACCGAAGCAGAA